CGGCCUCUGUCCCACGAUUCAGUUCCGAUUCGAUAUUUCAUCCCGAUUGUGUUAUCUUCCCGGGAACGAGGAAGUUUACGUGGUCGUGUUGACGUGGCGGUAUCCAACGGAUUAGGAUGCUGAGGUCAUUGUUCGUGGCUUUGGCCGUUUCGGCCGUUUUUGCCGGGGUGCCGACUCCUGAAGAAACGAAGAGGAUAAUGGAUCGACUGUCGGAGGCGGAACAUUUUAAGAAUGAACACCAUAACAAGCAGUUUGAUCACGAUGCCUUUUUAGGUGAAGAUCAGGCGAAGACAUUCGAUCAGCUCCCUCCUGAGGAAAGCAAAAGGAGACUAGGAAUCAUCGUUGACAAGAUUGACGGUGACAAAGACGGGUUUGUGACGCUAGUGGAACUGAAGGAUUGGAUCAGGUACACUCAGAAACGGUAUAUCAAUGAGGAUGUUGACAGGCACUGGAAGCAGCACAACCCUACCAAUGAUGAUGUCAUUCCUUGGGAGGCAUACAGGAAAAAUGUCUAUGGCUUCAUGGAUGAGAUGGACCCUAAAGAACUCAAGCUGCCCAACAGUGAAGGAUUUACUUACACCAACCUGUUGAAGAGAGACCGUAGGAGAUGGACUUACGCUGACGCAGAUGAGAACGACGCGCUGAACCGCACGGAGUUCGCGGCGUUCCUUCAUCCGGAGGAUCACUCGGAAAUGAGGGACGUCGUCGUACUCGAAACUAUGGAAGACAUCGACAAAGAUCAUGACGGCAAGGUGUCCUUAGACGAGUACAUCGGCGACAUGUACAAGCCUGAAGACGGCGAGGAUGAAGAGGAACCAGACUGGGUCAAGCAGGAGAGGGAACAGUUCCAUGGAUACAGAGACACAGACAAAGAUGGUUUCAUGGAUGAACACGAAGUCAAGGACUGGAUCGCCCCUCCCGAAUUCGACCACGCCGAAGCCGAAGCAAGGCAUUUAGUCUUCGAAGCAGACACGGACGCUGACGAAAAACUCACCAAGACAGAGAUCUUAGACAAAUACGAUCUCUUUGUUGGUUCCCAGGCCACAGACUUCGGCGAAGCACUGGCACGUCAUGAUGAAUUUUAAAUUUAGAAGCAAAU